UUUAGUAACAAGAGAGUUCUCCCCAACACACAGGCAUCCCCAGCUUUUGCCGAAGUCAAGCAACGCGUUUGCCAAUCACCCAAUGCCACUGUUGAAUGCUCAAGACAGAGAAAAAUCAUGCCUUCGGAAUCUGUUUACGAAGGACCUCUUAGAAGGCCUAGCCUGAAGAUGCACUUGACAGACUUUGCAAAUGUCUUGAAGGCCUUUAUUGGUAGCAAUUACCUCACAAUAGCUUUUGCAUUCUGCCAAAGUGGCCUAGGGCUGGGCAUAGCAGGUUUGUUGCUGGUUGCAUCUCUAACAGCUCACUGCUGCCACCUAUUGGUCAAGUGUAAGUAUUAUGCGAUUAACCACAUAUUGGAACUGCAUGCUAGGCCUAGCUUGCAGCAUCCUAAAGAACACAGCAGCUAUGAUGGAUACACCAACGGCAACAACAGUGAACCAGACAGAGAUGAAAAGUAUCUCAUGGAGGAAAAACUGAAGCAUUGCUUAAACUUUGGGGAUCUUGGUUGGCUAUGCUUUGGCAAAGUAGGUGUAGCUGUUGUGAAUGCAGGCAUCAUAAUGACUCAGUUUGGGUUUUGUGUAGGUUAUUGCAUUUUUAUUGGCAAUACUAUUUUUUCGAUGUUUCCUCUCUACAACUGUUCUGAAGUUGUUGUGAACAUCUCCACUACUGCACCCAACAAAAUGGUGUGUGUUGAAGCUACAGUCUUAAGGACAGAUGAAAUAAAUAGUUUCCUGCCAUCUGUAGGUGCUGCUGUGGGUAUGAGCUAUGCUUCAGAUAUGGGUGCCUCCAUGAACAUAACGUACAAUGGGGAAAAUCAUGGGCAGGCAGAGAAUGCUAUUUUGUCACCCCUCAUCUCUUUGGAACGAAUCAGUGACACCAGAGAACCAGUCCAAUCAAAUAACAGCACCACUUUAUCACCAGCUCAACAUGUUUCAUUUGUUAAUUUGUCAAACUUAGAUGUGUCAAAGUUUUUGUCAUCUAUAUUUGGUAGAAGUACUGAGAAGACUUCAACAUGGAUCAAUAACUUCAGCACAUCAGACAUUUUAGCAGCUGUCCUCCCGUCUGAGUUACCUGAGCCUCAAAGAAGUGAAUUGAGGCGAGGAGAUGGUGUGCCAGAUCUCAGGCUGCUGGUUCUUUGCCCUGUUUUCAUCUUUAUCAUCUUGACGCUCAUUCGUAAUGUCCGACAGCUAGGAGUGAUUUCUGCCAUUGCCAACAUUGCCAUUUUUGUUGGAUGUAUAGAAGUGUUGGUCUUUCUGACAGUUGAUUUUGAGCUGAGCACCACAUAUGUAUGGUACAAUAUCAGAGAUAUGCCUAUUUUCUUAGGCUUGGUCACCAGCUCAUAUGAAGGCAUUGGCACAAUUUUGCCCAUUGAAGCAAGUAUGGAAGGCAACCGUCAUAACUUUGCAAAGUUUCUUUAUGGAGCUGUUGCACUUUUGACUUUGAUUCUUGGUGGCUUUGGCGUUCUGGGAUAUGUUCGUUUUGGGCUCGAUGUUCAGCAGAUGAUCAAUGCCAACAUUCCACCUGGGGGAGCAUUGUCUCUAGCUGUCAACACCUGCCUGUGUGUUGGUGUGCUUCUCACAUUCCCUCUCAUGAUGUUCCCAGUAGUGGAUCUUGCAGAAAUCUACAUUUUUGGCAAUGGACGCAUAUUUGGGCCAAAACAUGAACAUGAAAAGAACAUAACAGAGAGGCAGAAGCUGUUACCAGAACAUAAGGAACUGCCAAUAUUCAUUUCUGUUACAGGAAAAGUCUCCACUCAGGUAUCAACAUGGAAACGCAAUGUACUCAGGAUCAUCAUUGUGUUAAUGGCUGGAGGACUUGCUGUGCUGCUGAGAAAUAGCUUUGCUUAUGUAUCAGCAUUUGUGGGUGCUGUUGGCAGCACAGUACUGGCCUACAUCCUCCCAUGUGUGUUUCAUCUCAAACUGCAUUGGCAUCAUCUUCCACUGCUUGUGAAGGUCAAGGAUAUCGUGAUAAUUUUGGUUGGCUUCUGUGGCAUUGCCGGGAUCUAUAGUGUUCUUCUGGACAUCAUCAGGAAUGAGAGUACAUGAAGCUUAGUUUUUAGUGUUCUACCUAACAUCAAAAUUGAGAGUGCAUGAAGGUUCUGGUUGGUUUUAGCUGACACUAGCAAGCAAGCCUUCUGCAGCAUUAACCUUUACCACAUAAUCAGGUAGCAUAGACUCAGGCUUUUUAUGAUGUGUGUACAAAUUGUGAUGAAAUAUUUUGUAGCAAAAAUGCUGCUCUAAUUUAGUGCUAUUUAUUCAAGUUAUUUUGAUUGAUGCGCAAUUUUGUGAUAGCAUAUUAUGCAACAAAGACGUCAGCCCAUGGGAAUAUUGACUCACCUUAUUUAUUGACAAAUUAUCAAUGUACUGAACUAGGCUUCACACCAUGACUGUAAGAAAUCAUUUUAUGACAAAUUUGUUAUGAGAAACAGUAUAUUUUGGGAUAUUUUUAGUAGCUUACUUGUUACAGCACUAAGGCAUUAUAGCACAUUGUGGCAAGAGAAGUCGGUGACCUCAUCCUAUGGCCCUUUUUAUAUUUAUAUAUAUAUAAUGUCGUGUUUCUGACAUUUUCCUUGCAUUUUCAGGAGUUUUCUGUACAGUUAAGGCCAGACAUUUCUCAGUGCAAAGAGGGGAAGAGAGCACACAGUGGGUUGUAGCGAGUGCAUAUCUUAUUCUAGCUUUAUCUAAAAAUAUUAACUGACAAAAAAGAAUAAUAUUUGACAGAUAAAGAUCUCACAUGAUUUUGUUUGGUCAGUGGGCUAUCUUUUGUGUUGUUACAUUCCACACAUGCCAAUAUCACAAUCACCACCAAUCUUCUGAUCUGAAAGGGAGUGAUCAACAUAAAUAUUUUUAUUGUACUGCUGACAGCAGUUUUAUAAUUAAGAUUUGCCAACAUGCACAGCAUGAUGGUGAUUUGUUUUGUUGUUGCAUACACUAUGAGAAUAUGAAUAAAACAUUGUCAGGUAGUAUUCACAUUACAGUGUUUGUCAAUGGGAGUUUCUUUGCCUUAAAUGUGAAAUGUUAGAUCUUGUUUCAGACAUUUAUUUUGAAUAUAUAAUUUUUCAGCUUAACCCAUUCUUUUGGUCACAAUGCAGAAAUUAAAAAAUAUAUGAUUGUUUUCAGUCUCAUCAUCACUGGGUUAUUGAAGGAUCAGACUCCUUGUGUAACCAAGGCAGAAAAGGUUUUUAAUGUAUGUCUGCAGACAUGCUCAUGGCUUAUAUGUGUUCAGCAUGAAUUUUCUCAGGUGUACAUGUUUUCCAUAACUUGAAUUC